UCCCUUUACAACUUAAAAAGGAUUUUACAGGCAUCCAAACGACCCCUAAACCCAGCAAUCUGGGGACCGUGUUUGGCCUGGACCACCCAGCCCAUUUUCAGAGAGCGAGAGAGAGAGAGAGAGAGAUAUGGAGGCGGCUCUGCUCGGAAACCCUAACUCUAACCCUAACCCUAGAGAAGAAGGAAAGCGAAAGGUGGUAGUGGUGAUGGGAGCUACGGGCGCUGGAAAAUCUCGACUCGCCAUUGACCUUGCUUGCUACUUCUCUCUGGAGAUCAUCAACGCCGACUCUAUGCAGGUAUAUGAAGGACUGGAUGUUCUGACAAACAAAGUCCCAUUCGAAGAUCGGAAAGGAGUGCCACAUCAUCUUCUUGGGACCAUCUCACCCAAUGUUGAUUUCACAUCAAAGGAGUUCCGUGAUCAAGCAAUUCCUAUUGUGGAUGAGAUAUUGUCCCACAACUGCUUGCCGGUCAUUGUUGGGGGUACAAAUUAUUAUAUUCAGGCUCUUGUGAGCCCAUUCCUGGUGGAUGAUUUGAUAGAUGAUGUGGAUGAAUGCAAUCGUAAUGACUCCCUCGGGGACCUACAUCCAAAUAUUGGUUUUGAUCAGGGCAGUGAGUUUAGUGGUUUUGACCGUCUUAAAGUGCUUGAUCCAGUUGCAGCCAACAGGAUCCAUCCAAAUGAUCACAGAAAAGUAAAUCAUUACCUUACUUUGUAUGCAAGCUCUGGUGUCCUCCCUAGCAAACUUUUUCAAGGAAAGGCUUCAGAGAGGUGGGGCCAAGCUGAUAAUUUCAGAUAUGAUUGCUGCUUUGUAUGGGUCGAUGCUUCCCUAACUGUGCUGGAUAGAUAUGUUGAGCAAAGGGUAGACAGCAUGAUGGAUGCUGGUUUGCUGGCUGAAGUCCAUGACAUUUACAACCCAAAUGCAGCUUAUACACGAGGCUUGCGGCAGGCUAUUGGUGUUCGUGAAUUUGAGGAAUUUUUGAGAUAUCACCACUCCAAUGCAAAUAGACGCCAUUCUUAUAAUGACGAGAAUAGGUCUGGGUCCAAUGGGGAGUAUGGGAUUCCCGCAAUAGGGCUAAGAGCGAUCAUGGAUUCUGAUGAUAACAAUCUCAAGAUUCUGUUAAGUGAAUCCAUUGACAAGCUUAAGGCAAACACACGCAGACUUGUUCGCCGUCAAAAACGGAGGCUCAAUCGAUUAAAAACAUUCUUUGGAUGGGAUCUGCAUUACAUCGAUGCAACAGAAGCUUUCCUGUCCAAGGCAGAUGAUUCAUGGACAACGCAAGUGGUCGAACCCUGUGUCAACAUAAUCAGGUCUUUCUUAUAUGAAGGUGCAAGCUCAGUGACUGACCCAGAUCUGCUGAGUAACUCCAAUAGCCAGAGGAGGGACCUGAGGGACUUGUGGACUCAAUAUGUUUGUGAGGCGUGUGGGAACCGGACUCUUAGAGGUGCACAUGAAUGGGAACAACACAAACAGGGUCGUGGGCAUCGGAAGCGGGUCCUUCGGCUUAGGAAGAAGUCUCAAAGUUCUUGUGUGGUGGAUCAGAAGCAUCAUCCGAUGGCUAGUGAAUAGAACAAGCACUUUCUCUAUGUCUCAUGUGAUGCCAUUUCCAAUGCUCUAUACUGCCCAGCUGCGCUGUUGCACUUGAGUCCCAAGUAAUCCCAGCCAAAACAGCCACAGGUUAGAUGGUAAGCAUGACUUGAGUAAUUUCGUACUGGAAGAACAAUAGUACUCUGGCAGGUUGUGACCAUCAAUACGCAUGCACAUUCCGUUGCAUAAGUGGCAUAUGCUUUCAUCAAGCUGUUUGAACUGGGGCCACAUUUUACAUGGGGCAUGGCCCCAAAAUCAGGACUGGACAAUCCAGAACUUUAGACUAACAUGCAUUUGCUGCAUUUGGACAGUCGGAUCUUUCCUUUUUCUUUCUGGCCCUUUGAUGGCACUAAGUGGACAGCCAUCAAGGACAUCAGCUUUGAAAUGGUUUUUGUGUUCUUAUUUAAACAAAACUUGUACAUACUAAA